AUGACAAAAAAGCAACAAGAUGACCUUGCUUCAACUUUAAAUAAUCUCCCUUGGGGUCUCCCAUUGGGUUUUCCAUCGAUGUCGUCAUUUGGUGUAUUUCCACCAUUUGGUUUACCCACACCAAAUUUUCCAUCAUUGAACAGUUAUACUUCUUCAUCAACAACUGGUUUUCCUCCUCCUCCACCACCACCUCCACUACUAUCAAAUGAUCCUACAAAUUCAACAACAACAACAACAACUGAUAUUUGGUCAAAUGGUUUAUCAACGGCAAAUAUGAAUAUUGAUUAUAAUGAAUAUGCUAAACAAUUAGGUUUACUUAUGAAUGCAUUUAGUAAACAACCUGAAACUGAUAAAUCGAAAACUUCAUCAUCAAUAAUGAAAUCUUCAAAAUCAAAAUCAAUAACUUCUAUUAGUAAUACUCCAUCAUCAUCUGAUAUUAAUAAUGAUAAAACAUCAAUAAUAAAACAAAACGAUGAAUCUCAUCCUCGUCCUACAUCUACAUCAUCAUCAUCAACAUCUUCUCGUCGUUCAUCAUCAAAUCAUUUAAAUAAAUCAUCAUCAUCAUCAUCACGUUCUAAAACAAAUCGAAAUUCAACAAAUUUAACAUCAUCAACUAAUAAUACUUCAACUAUACUUGAUCCAUUAACAUUUGCAACUACAAAUACUAAUACAACUAGUGGUUUUACAUUUCCUUAUUUUCUUCCAUCAUUACUUUCACCAACAACAAAUUCAUCAUCAACAACAACAACAACAACAUCAAAUAAUAACUCAUCAACAACUUAUCCAUUUUCAAGUUUAUCAUCAUCAUUAAUUAAUCCAGCUACAACAUUUUAUCCAUUUUUAUCACCUGAUUGGUUUACAUCAUCAACAAAAUUUAUGGAUACAUUUAAUAAUUUAAAUUCGGAUAAAUCAAUAGAUUCAAAAGAAUCAACUUCACAUCAAACAUCUAAAUCAAAACAAUCACAAAAACAUAUAUCAUCUGAAAAUAAACAUUUACCAUCAAUCAAUCCUUUACUUAAUGAAUCAAUUUCGAAAUCAAAAAAACGAGCUAAAUCAAUUCGUGCAUUAACUGAAGAACAAGAAUUAAAUCGUGAAAAAAUUUCUUCAAAAAAUCAAACACAAAAAACAAUAACAACAAAUCCAAGUCUUCUUCAUUCAGCAUUAAUGAAAUCAUCACAUGAUGUUGUUGUAUCACCUUCGAUAACAUCAUUUUCAUCAACAAUUGAUUCAAAUUUUAAACCAAUUUUAUUUGAUAAUUCAUUUUAUAAUCAACAAUCACAUGAUUCAUGGACAUUUAAACCUAUUAAAGAGACAGCAAUUGAUGAUAUUGAUCCAUCAAAUACGAAUGAUUUACGUGAAAAUUUAUUAAAUUUAAGUCGUCGAAGUAGUAUUAAUGAAACAUCAUCAAAUCGUCAAACACCAUUAACACAAUCAGCAGAUGAAUCAAGAUCAAAUGAUGAUGAUGAUUCAGAUCCAAAUCCAAAACGACGUAAAGGUGAAGAAGUUAAUGAAACACUUGCACGAAUACCAUUAAAUCGCGGCUGGAAACGUGUUACAAUCAUUCGAGCUAUAACACGAACUGGUGUACGUGGUGAUGUUUCCUAUUAUGCACCAUGUGGAAGAAAAUUACGUUCAUUUCAAGAAAUAGAUCGAUAUUUAUCAAAAAAGAAUAUAACCGAUUUAGAUCGUUCACAUUUUACAUUCAGUUCAAAAGUACAUAUUGGUCAUUUUCAUGAACCAAAAGAAGGUCCAGAUGGAAAAACAAUCUUUCAAGAAUCAACAGAAGAUGAAAUAAUUAAUCGUAUAUUAGAAAUCAAUCCUAAAUUUCGUCGUAUGAAAUAUGAAUAUGAAAGUGAAACACCAACAAAAACUUCAAAUGUUUCAAGUCCAUCAGUAACACCAAGUCAUAAUAAUGGUAUAAAUGAUCAUCAUCAUCAACCACAAGAUUUUAUUCAACAAAUGUAUGAAGAAAAUCGAAAACUUCGUUUAGAACAAGAAGAAAUAGCUAAACGAGCAGCUGAAAUAAAAACAAAUCGUGAAGCAAUGCGUUUAUUACGUAAUAUAACAAGUGAAAGUUCAAAAACAUCUGAACGUUUAACAAAUUCUCAAUAUCAACAUAAUGAUUUUCUUAAAGCUAUUAUUGAACAACAAAAAUUAAUGCAACAACAAGAACUUGAACAUAAACAAAAAUUACAACAAGAACAACAAGAACAAGAACGUAAACGACAAGAAUUAGCUUAUUUAAAACAACUUGAAUUAAAAAAACGUCAAGAAGAAAAACUUCUUUUAAUUGAACAACGUAAAGCAGAAAAAAAUGCACAACGUGAAAAGAAAAUACAAGAGAAAUAUAUGGAAAUAGUACUUGCAAAAGAAAUGAAAAGAAUUACUGAAGAUAUGCAAUUACGAGAUCUUAAACCACUUCCAAUAUUAAAACCGGUAGAAAAUAUGCGUUUAUCAAUUGAAGCAUUUGCUAAUUCAUUAAUGAUAAUUCAAUUUUUAAAUAAUUUCAAACAUAUUUUUCAUAUUCCUGAUAAUUUAAUUCUAACAUUAAAUAAUUUUCAACAAUCAUCAUCAUCACGUGAAGUAAAUUCUCUUUGUCAAAUUUUACUUAGUGUUGCAUUAGAAGAUCCUGGUAUUGCAAAUCCAAAAAAAGGUUUAACUAAUCUUGGACAAAAAUUAUCUGAAAUCGAUAUAACGGAACAUACAUUCAGUGAAAUUCUUCGUUUAUAUAUUCGAGAACGAAAUGGAUUUGAUGAUAAAAUCACACAAAAUUUGUCAGAUACAUCAUUUCAAUCAUUAUCAAUUGAUGAAAAAAUUGAAAUCUUAGCAUUUUUAUGUAAUGAUUUAUCGGGAAAUAAACGUCUAGUAGAAGAAGUUGAUCGUAAUCUUGAUGAAUUAACUGUUUUAAAGCAUGAAAAAUUAGAAAUUGAAAAACGAUUACGUCGUUUAAAAUUUGAAAAAUCAAAUAAUUCAAAUAGUAAUAAUAUUAAAAAAUUAGCAACACUAAUACGGGAAAAAGAUUUGAACAGUUCAGAUAAUGAAAGUCCAGAUGAAAGUGAUACUGAAACUAUGAAAAAUGAUGAUGAGACAACAAUUACAACUGAUCCAGCAGCAAUAACAGCUGAUGAUCAAGAUAUUGAAACAAUUGAUGAAUCAAAAAUUGAUGAUUUAGAUAAACGUUUAACACUUAUUACACGAAAAUAUACACUUAUUAAACGUCGUGUUAUUGAUAAACAUGGUUGUACACGUGCACUUCAUCUUGGACAAGAUCGUUAUCGUCGUCGUUAUUGGUAUUUUUCACAUUUACCAGGAAUUUAUAUUGAAGGUUUAACAUCAGGUGAUAUAUCACCGAAUGAUAUAAAAGAUAGUGUAGAAAAUGCAACAAAACAAAAACAUGAUAAAACUGAAGAAUUAAAUUCUUUAUCACGUUCAACACAACGUAAAAAACAACAAACAAGAAUUACAAAUUUAACACCACCACCAUCAGUACCAAUUAAUUCUAUUGAACAACAAGUACCAUUAAUUGAAUUAAAUAAAAUUAAAAAUGAAAUUACUGAUAAUGAUGAAGAACAACAACAAGAACAACAAGAACAACAUGAACAAAUAAAUUCUUCAAAUAAUAUUCCUGAAGAUUUUUCAACUAUGGAUUUAUCAGCAUUUUGUCUAGCUGCUAAAAGAGAUAAUAAUGAAGAAAAAAAUGAACCGAGUGAUGAUUUAAAUAUUAAUGAUAAUAAUAAUAAUAAUAAUAAACGUAAUUUAAAUGAAAUAAAUAAUAAUCAUGAUGAUAAUCUUCCACUUGAUUUAUCAUGUUCAAAAUCUAAACGUUUAUGUGAAGAAGAUUAUUGGACAUCACAACAUACACAAGCUGCAUAUCCAUUAUUAUCAAAUAUAAAUAAAUAUGAUCAAUUUCAAGAACUUGAUAAUCUUGCUACAACAGCUAUUUUAUUAAAUAAUAUAAAACAAGAAAAUAUUAUAUCAAAAAAUAUUCUUAAUUUAACAAAUACAAAUCAAAUAAUAACACCAUGUAAUUUAUCAACAUCAACUAAACAAGAAUCAUCAACAAAUAAUUAUAAACAAAUUGAACAAAGUAUAAGAGAAAAAUUUCAAUAUUCACAACCAUUACCUAUUCCAGAUGAUGUUCAAUCUGGUUGGUGGUCUAUUCAAACAUCCGAAGAAUUACGUAGUUUAAUAAAAUCUUUAGCUAAACGUGGUCAACGUGAACGAUAUCUUUGUCGAAUGCUUCAACGUUAUUUUGAUGUAAUAAUAAAUUCUAUGAAAUUAUAUUCACAAUCUAAUAUAAAAAUUGAAAGUCUAUCACCAUCAACUGAAAAUAAAAUCGAAAAUAAUAAUCAUGAUGAACAACAACAACAACAACAACAACAAUUAUCAUCAGAUGAUACAAUCGAAAAUAAUGAUUCAAUUUAUAAUGAUACACAUGAAAUGGAUGUUUUAAAUGAAAUUUAUAAUUUAUUAGAUCGUAUUAUUGCAUCAAGUCUUCAAUGUCGUUCUUAUGAUAUAAAUUUCUCACGUAAACGUUUAACAUAUUCGGAUAUUCAAGCUAAAGGUUCAGAUAUUCUUGAUGAAGGUAAACAUUUAUUAACUGAAAUUGAACGUAAUAUUGAACGACGUUAUUUAAAACAUCCAUUUGUUCGUAAAUAUGAAAUGAAUUUAUCACCAUUAAAUCGUAUAAAUCAAAAUAGUACAUAUCAUCAUACAUCGGAAAUAACAACAAAUGAAAUUGUUUCAUCAUCAAAAUAUGAUGAAGUACCACAACAACUUGAGCGUUGGAGACGUACUGUUAAUGAAUGUCGUACAUCAGCACAAUUAGCAUUAUGUUUAACACAAUUAGAACGUUGUAUUGCAUGGGAACGAUCAAUAAUGAGAGUUUAUUGUGAAAUAUGUAAUUCAGAUGAUAAUGAAGAAAAAUUAUUAUUAUGUGAUGGAUGUGAUCAUGGUACACAUACAUAUUGUUUUAUACCACCAAUGUCAUUUAUACCACCAAAUGAUUGGUAUUGUUAUGUUUGUAUUGGUAAAGUAAAAGGUGAAAAUUUAUGUUUUGUUUGUGGUAAUAAAAGUGAUAAUCAAUUAAAUCGAUGUGAACAUUGUGGAAAAUUAUUUCAUGAAGAUUGUUUAAAAAAUGCUAAACAACAACGUGGAAAAUGGUUAUGUGGUUUAUGUGCAGCUAAUGAUACAAAUUCUUCUAAUAAUGGAAAUACAAUAACAACAAUAACAAAAUCUCAAACGGGACGUCAAACAUCUCGUUCAUUAAAUUCACGUCAACCAACAAAUAAUUCUCUCGUGACAAAUACAAAUGGUGAUUCAACAAAUCAAUCAUUAUCAUCAUCAACAACAACAACAACAACAACAACAAAUACAAAUCGUAAUAGAUCAAAUAGUAAUCGAAAAUCGAAAUCAAAUAUUAAUGAAUGUUCAAUAUUACAAGAAUCUCCUUCAAAUUCUUCUCAUGCUGAUACAACAAUAAUGAGUACUCUGAAUGAUUCAUCAUCAAAUGAUAUGGAUGAUGAUAUAGCAUCACCAAUAAUGACUACAACAAUGAAUAAUAAUAAUAAUAAUAAUAAUAAUAAUAAUAAUACAAAGAAAAAAUCUUCAAAAAAAUCUAAAACAAAUAAUGAUAUAAAAGCUUGCAGAACUAUUUUAAAUGAUUUAUUAAAAAGUGAUGUAUCAUGGCCAUUUCAAAAUCCAGUUGAUGCUAAACAACAUCCAGAAUAUUAUGAAUGUAUUAAAAAUCCAAUGGAUUUUUCAACAAUAAAAAAGAAAAUGCGUAAUAAUCAAUAUACAAAACGUGAAGAAUUUUUACAUGAUGUUGAAUUAAUAUUAAAUAAUUGUGAAUAUUUUAAUGAAGAUGAUAGUCCAGUUGGACAAGCUGGACAUUUAUUACGAACAUUUUUUCAAUCACAAUGGACGAAGCAAUUCGGUUAG